GAAGAAAAAAAAAAGAGUUAUGGAGACAAAGAAUUGUUGUUGACCCCAAUUUUUCGUGAUCAAACAAUAAUCCAUUUUCAUGCAUUCACACAUAGAUAAAUAAAAAAUUAGCUCUCCAGAUUUGUGAUGUGGAGAAUCUACCAUGGAAACUGAAAGCUCAGAAAAAUUCUCGCAUGUUAAUGUUAUGUCACACAUCUGUCAUGUUUUUUCCGAUGCAUGGCUGCUUUUGGCAUCUCGUUGCAGUGAUUCUCAAGUGUGAGAUUUUUUAUUUUCCUGAUUUGUGUAAAUAGUAAAGUUGUGAUCCUGCAGCUGUAUACACUGAUUUACGUGAUAUCUGUAUCGGAAUUCAAUCGGAUUAUGACGUUAUUUGACGUUUUGGCGACUAGGUCUUGCGUAGAAUUGGGGAUUUGAGCACUGCUUUCCCUGCAGAUCGUUGUUUCAUUUGGCGAUUGCCAAUUUGCCAUGUGUUUUUGCUUCUUAGUAAUUUAUUGAGAAUACAGUGACUCAUGCAUGUGCGUGAAAGGAAAUUGUAGUUUGAUCGCAAUUUUUUGAUGGUUUGAUUGUUCGGAGAAGUGUUAUUGCUUGGCUACAUUGUGGUUUUUGUAUAUGAUAUUCAAGUGUAAGUAAAUUUGUGUAUAGAAGUAGCGACAAAGUUAGUGUAUCAAGGGGUUGUUGGUGGCUGGUGAGAUGUCAUCUGCAUCUUCUACACAACCUCCUCUUCCUCCUGAUGAUCCUCAGGGUUCAUUACCGCCACCACUGAAGAGUUCCCCCCCUCCCCCAAUCCCACCUCCUCCACCACUGCCCGAGCCACCACCCAUGGCUUCUCCACCUUUAAGUCCACCACUUCAUCCACCUCUAGUAUCACCACCACCUCCUGUUAAACCACCAGUUAGCUCUGCACCGCCUCCACCGGCAGAUGUUCAAUAUUCGCCUCCUCCUACUACUGAAUACCCUCCACCCCUGCCUCCGUCAUUAAACAGUCCCCCACCUCCUGCUGUGGAAUCACCAACACACAUGCCCGCUAAUAGUUCACCACCACCAGAGCCCCCACCAGGUUUGUCUCCACCACCCUCACCACCUCCACCACCACCUCCACAAAGCUCAUCUCCACCACCUCCACAAACAUCACCUCCGCCACCACCUCCACAAAGCUCACCUCCACCACCACCUCCACAAAGCUCACCAAACAUC